CUGAGGAGGACGCCGCUGGAUCGGGCAAACCCGGAGGGAAGCAAGAAACGUCAGGAUCUGGGUUUGCAAGCUGAGCCUCAAAGGAAAGUGGAGGCUGCAGCCUGGUUCAGCCCCCGCUGCCCUUGGAGGGCGGCUGAGUCUGGACCGCGGGCUUUCGCGCCUUGAGCUGGAAAAAGCCUGAGGGAAGGGAGAAAGGCAUCUCUGCGGGCCUGAGGAGGAAGAGCAGGGUUGAGAACAGCCUUGGGUCACAAGCGUAGCUUGGAGGCAGGCCCGCAAAGCAGUCCCCCAGCUCCUCAGCUCCGAGCUGAGGCAUCCACACCCACAGGCUGCGCAUUAAAAUGGCUGGCUAUGCCACUAUUCCUAACCCCAUGCAGACCCUUCAGGAGGAAGCGGUUUGUGCCAUCUGCCUGGAUUACUUCAAGGAUCCUGUGUCCAUAGGCUGCGGGCACAACUUCUGCCGAGGGUGUGUGACCCAGCUGUGGGGCAAAGAUGAGGAAGACAGGGAAGAGGAGGAAGAUGAAUGGGAGGACGACGAGGACGACGAUGUGGAGGGGGCCAUCGGUGGAUGGGACAACUCUAUUCGAGAGGUUUUGUACCAGGGCAAUGCUGAUGAGGAGGUGUUCCAGGACCAAGAUGAUGAACUCUGGGUUGGUGACGGUGGCGUCAGGAAUUGGGACAACGUGGACUAUGUGUGGGACCAGGAGGAAGAGGAGGAGGAAGACCGGGACUAUUACCUGGGACGCUUGAGACAUGACCUGAGAAUUGACGUCUACCCAGAAGAGGAGAUACUGGAAGAAUACGAUGAGGACGACCAAGAGCUGUAUCCUGACACCCACCUGCCUCCUCCGGCCCCUCCACGUCAGUUCACCUGUCCCCAGUGCCGAAAGAGCUUUACACGUCGCAGCUUUCGUCCCAACUUGCAGCUGGCCAACAUGGUCCAGAUAAUUCGCCAAAUGUGCCCCACUCCUUAUCGAGGAAGCUGGGGGAAUGACCAGGGCAUCUGCUCCAAACACCAGGAAGCCCUGAAGCUCUUCUGUGAGGUGGACAAAGAGGCCAUCUGUGUAGUGUGCAGAGAAUCCAGGAGCCACAAACAGCACAGCGUGGUGCCAUUGGAGGAGGUAGUGCAGGAGUACAAGUUUGUCCAUCCCAUGAGUUAG